GGUAGGUGGCGCUGUAGGUUGUAUCUGAUACAGGAAGGAUCAGCCAUUUUUGAAAACGGGACUGCGUUUUGUAUUGUUUUUUAAAUUAACAAGCAAUUUAGACCUGUCUCUUUCAGCAUAAUAUUAAUCAUCAAGAUAUACUAUAAUCGGCUCAACCGUCUCUACGUUGGCCUAAAUGUUUUUCUUUUCAUGUUCGUCGUCUCAUAUAGCUAACAAGAUCUCUGGUUCAGCAGGGCGCGGCUCAGAAACACUCACAGAAAAUACGACUUUAAUAACUCUACGAUUAUCUACUAUCCAUCACUCAUCUCUACAUCAACAUGAAGAGCGCACUUAUACGUGUUCUUUUCUUAUUAUGUGCAACGGGUGUGUUUGGUGACGUAGAGAGAGUGUCAGUCAUUGAGGGAGAGUCUGUCAAUUUACACACUGGUGUUACUGAAGUACAGAGAGAUGAUGAGAUAGAAUGGAGGUUAAAUGGAUAUCGCAUUGCUAGAAUCAGAGAUGGCUCCAUCAGUACUGAAGGGGCAUCCAAAGACAGACUGAAGCUGGACAAACAGACUGGAGAUCUCAAGAUCACAGACAUCAGAACCACAGACUCUGGAGAAUAUAAACUAGAGAUCACCAGUACCAGAGGGUCCUCAGAGAAGAUAUUCAGUGUCAGUGUUGUGUCUGGUGAUGAUGAACUGAAGUCAGUGUCAGUGAUGGUGGGAGAUUCAGUCACUCUAAACUCUGGUACUAAUAUACAGAGAGAUGAUGUGAUAGAGUGGAGGUUUGGAGAUCUAAACACUCUUAUAGCUGAAAACAAUAGAAAGACUGGAAUCUUCUCCACAUCUGAUGGUCCUGAUGGGAGAUUCAGCGACAAACUGCAGCUGGAAUAUACGACUGGAUCUCUGACCAUCAGGAAAAUUGAAUUCAAACACUCUGGAUUUUAUGAAGCUGUUAUUAGGAAAAGCAGCAGCGGACACACCAUAUACAAGUCAUACAGCGUGACUGCCAGUGGGGAAAUUAAGUCAGAACUAUCAGUGUCAGUGGGAGUGUCUGUCACUCUAAACUCUGAUCUCACUGACAUACAGAGAGUAGAUUUAAUGCAGUGGAUGUUUGGAGACUCUCAAAUAGCUGAAAUAAGUAAAGAAAGCGGUCGAUUCCUCACAUCUGAUGGUCCUGAUGGGAGAUUCAGAGACAGACUGAAACUGGAUCGUCAGAAUGGGUCUCUGACCAUCAGAAACACCAGAACUAAAGACACUGGACUCUAUGAACUGAAGAUCAGCAGCAUCAGACACACUAUACACAGGAGAAUCGCUGUUUUUGUCACUGAUCCAGGUCUGUCUGCAGGUGCUAUAGCAGGGAUCGUUCUUGUUGUUCUGCUGGCGUGUGGAGCUGCUGGAGCUGUUGUGUUUUGCUAUGGCCGCAAGAUCUCUGAACUAAUAGCCUUUUUACUCAUAAAAGCAGGGUGA